GCGGAACGGGGUGUUGUGCCUGUAAUAUUGGCGCGGUCGGUAGGACACCACUAGAGUUUCAGAUGGAGCGCAUGCGGCAGGAGAUCGAUCGCCUAUGGUCGGCCCUCGAAGAGGAGAGGGAGCAGAGGCGGCGGGAAGUGGCCGAAGUACGUGCCGCCCUGGAGGCUGUCCAGCAGCAGGAGGACAUCGCGCUCCCCGUCGGCGCCGGAGCGGUUGGUGGACCAUCGACGACGACCGGCUUGCUCACGGGUGAUGCGCAGCGGUCUGUAGAGUAUCUGCCGCCGCUGUCUCCGACGUCCGCCGUGUUAGCCGGUGUCUCCACACCCCCGUUCGUGACUACCCUGCUAGAGGCGGGCGCAGGAGAUCCUGUGCGUGACCAUCUGUCUCCGCUGGCGGUCGACCUGGUGGAGACUGACACAACGGACCUGCUAAGUGAGCUGCUGGGUGUCGAGGCGCAAGAGUUCGAGGAGUUUUCGAACAUGGAGCUGCAGGACGAGAAGCCGCGGGAGGAGACGCCCACAGACGGGUCGCCGGAGGAGGUGGUAGUUGGUGAGGCCGACGGGGCGUCCGGCGGUUCGCCGGAGGCUGGUCGCGCGGAAGCCGUCCUUCUCAUCGGGGACUCGAUCCUGCACAGAACAGACGUCCGUUGCGACCCACCCCGAAGCCUCACCAUCCGGGCCAUACCGGGGUACACACUGCGCCGCUGGGUGGCUGAGGGGGUCAUGGAGGUGCGGAGGUGGUUGGAUGGCCUUCAUCCUGACACCUCCAGUGCCCAAGUAAUCCUGUGGGUAGGAGGAAACGAUGUGUACCCGAAGGACGCCAUCAAACUACCAGAGGGGAUGAAGACGCGGUUGAUGAAAGAAGUUCAGGACCGGAUCGGAGAAAUACAGAGGAUGGGAGUGCACGUCACACUCGUGGGCACCCAGCCGCGGCUGUCCCGGGAUCGGGGCCGACAAUGGGAAGAGACGCAAGCCUAUGAACUCGAGAAGUCUCUCCGCCAAAUCAAGAAGGCUACGGGAGCUGCCGUCAUCCCGCUGGGGCGGCGACUCUGUUGCCGCCACGGCAAGCGACGGGUGUAUAAGGUGGCGGAGGGGCUCCAUCUCGCGGACGGCGUACAUCUGAACAAGAGGGGCUACGGGUGCAUCAGUUUGUCAUUCCCCAAGUGGCUCCGCAUGCGUUAACGGGUGUAGGGCAGGUGGUGAAGGCGGUCGUUCGGGUGGCGGCCCGUGCAUCCGUACAUGUAUGUAGCAGCGGCUGAAUGUGUGUGUUCUUUUGGUGUUGAGGUGUCUCACUUUCGUUCUGGGGCGGCGCAAGUACCUUUUUUUUUGUUUCGUUAAGCGAGCAAGGAGCGGCUCGACUCAGUAGUAGUAUGGAGGCGGCUGUGUAUGAUACUGUUGACUGUUGAGGCAUAGCCGUAGCAGCUCGGUGACUCAAUGUGUGGCGGACCAUCCCGGUGUUUACCCUCCCCUGCGCGGCCGGCGCGAGGAAGCAGCCUGGUUUUGUGGCGAGGCGUGGUUGUUUGUUCGUGUCGCGGGGAGACAUGUUCGCGGUAUUUCUUGUGCGGAUCAUCGUUGUUACAUCGUGCGCGUUGUGCUAGGGGGGAGGGGUGUUACGG